AUGUCAAUAGCACCGAUAAGGAUAUCUGGACAUUUCCAGCUGCUGUCGUUUACUACAACCACAAUUAUUCCAAUUGGUUACGGUGACGUCUGCCCAGCUUUAGAAUUGGGAAGGCUGCUACUAGUUAUCUAUGGAAUGAUUGGCAUACCACUUGCUCUGGUGACCAUGGCAGGUACCGGUAAAUAUAUUAGCCAAGGUGUAACCAGAUGGUUGGAGGAUGUGAGCAAAGCUAGAAUAAAAAAAAUUUUGGGACUGAAGAUCCCUUGGACCUUCAACGUACCAAGUGGACUGUUUCUAUCAAAUUUAUGCGUAUACAUGUCGUUGAUGGCAUGCUAUUUCACCGCUGCGUAGAC